UAAAGCAGAGAGUGCGUUGUUAGCAGUUUGUUGACACGUCAUAUUGUUAUAUUACGAAGGCAUGGUUUGUGUUCAUAUAAAAUAUAAAUAAAUAAUUUUUAAAGGAAAUAUUAUAAAAACAAAUAAAUAAUGAAAGUCAUUGAUAAAAUCGAACCAAGUACUAAAGCCAUUCAGUUGAACAGGUGGACAGUGUUUUGGGCGAUCACAGUUUUGACUAUUUGUACUCGUUACUACAAAGUGACUGAACCUGAUCAUGUUUGCUGGGAUGAAACGCAUUUCGGAAAAAUGGGUAGCUGGUACAUUAAUAGAACGUUUUUCUUCGAUGUCCAUCCACCAUUGGGGAAGAUGCUUAUUGGACUCUCUGGUUACUUGACUGGGUAUAAUGGCACUUUUCCAUUUGAGAAACCGGGUGAUAAAUAUAAUGGCACUCGCUACGAGGGAAUGCGUUAUUUUUGUACUACUUUGGGAGCGCUUAUAAUGCCCAUGGCUUUCGAUACCGUUUAUGAAAUGACCCAUUCAUGUGAAGCAGCCGUGAUAUCUACGCUUUAUUUAUUAUUUGAUGUUGGACUUUUAACAUUAAAUCAAUACAUACUGCUCGACCCAAUUUUGCUCUUCUUCAUGACAGCUUCAAUUUGGGGCAUGACAAAGUCAUCGAGCCUCACUUCAACUGGAUCAUCUUAUACCUUUCGUUGGUGGUUUUGGCUGUUCUUUACCGGCACCAUGCUAGCAUGCACAACUUGUACAAAAUUUGUGGGUCUUUUCGUGGUUAUGCUUGUGGGUUUGCACACAAUUUAUGAGAUUUGGAUAAUAUUUGGAGAUUUGGAAAAACCAUUUAUGGAGAGUGUUAAGCAGCUAACCUGUCGAGCAUUGGCCUUAAUUGUUUGGCCAAUUCUACUUUACUUAUUCUUCUUCUACGUUCAUCUUGUUGUCUUGAAUCGGAGUGGAAACGGCGAUGGCUUCUACAGUUCAGCUUUUCAAUCACGUCUCAUUGGUAACUCUUUAUAUAAUGCCAGUAUGCCACGCGAAGUAGCUUAUGGAGCAAUUGUAACUAUAAAAAAUCAUAAAACUGGAGGAGGAUACUUACAUUCUCAUUAUCAUUUAUACCCGAAGGGAAGUGGAGCGCGGCAACAACAGGUCACUACAUACACUCAUAAGGAUGAUAACAAUAAGUGGCUCAUCAAACCGCACAACAAAAACGUAGGUAAACAAAUAAAAUACGUCAUGCAUGGAGAUCUUAUAAGACUGGAACAUGUUGCCACAAAACGAAAUCUGCAUUCUCACGGUGAACUGGCUCCAGUGACUAAACGGCAUUUUCAAGUUACAGGAUACGGCGAGGAUGGACAAGGUGAUGCUAAUGACAUUUGGCGAAUUAUUAUGGUUGAUAAUAAACGCAAUGCGAGUGUAAAAGCCGUUACAACAAAUUUCUUGCUUGUUCAUUAUAUGCAAAAUUGCGCUCUUACGGCAAGCGGAAAACAGCUCCCGAAAUGGGGAUUUGAGCAACAGGAAGUCUCUUGUAAUCCUAAUUUAAGAGAUAAAAAUGCAUUUUGGAAUGUUGAAGAUAAUAAAAACAAAAAGCUUAAAAGUGUCAACCUCAAUAUGUAUGCACCUGGAUUUUUUUCGACAUUUAUGGAAUCACACGCGGUUAUGUUUCAAGGCAAUGCCGGACUGAAACCAAAAGAAGGGGAACUGACCAGUAAACCGUGGCAAUGGCCAAUCAAUUACAGAGGGCAAUUCUUUUCCGGAACUUCUUAUCGGAUAUACUUGCUGGGAAAUCCCAUAAUUUGGUGGUCCAAUUUGAUUUUUCUAGUUGCGUUUUUGUUCGUUUCGUCAAUAAUUGUCAUUAAACAACGUCGUUUAAAUGGUCGAAAACUUCGUGAGAAUAAGGCGAUAAAUCAGCUAGCUUUGCCUGCUUGUAAACCAGCAAUCACAAUUAACGAAAAUGGUGACGAACUAAGUUGCUCUCUGAAAGCGGCAGCAUGGUUUUUUAUUGGAUGGCUUACACAUUACCUUCCCUUCUGGGCCAUGGGCCGGAUUCUUUACUUUCAUCAUUACUUUCCAGCUUUAAUAUAUAAUUCACUGUUAACAGGUGCUAUGUAUAACUAUCUAUCAAGCUACCUGCCAAAAUGGAUGCAACAAGCGCUGUUUGGGGCAAUAAUAUCUGUCCUAACCUACAGCUUUGUAUUGUUCUCACCACUUGCUUAUGGAAUGAGCGGUCCUUUAGCUAAUGAACCAAAUUCUGCAAUGCAUAGCUUAAAGUGGCUGUCAUCCUGGGAAUUCUAAUUUUUAAAUAUUAAUUAAAUUAUUAAAUUUUCAUCUCAUUGAAUUCUUAUAAUACUCGUAGCCUUUUAAAUGACUCAUCCACUGAAAGAUUCAUUAAACUUUUAUAUUAAUUUCAUCAAAUAUGUAAAUAUAU